AUGGAAAGAAAAAUGGAGUCAGAAAAGUCCUCAAAAGUUGAGAGCAAAGUUUCUGUCAGCACUGCAAGUGAUUUUAAUGAUUGGAACACUAUGGAUAUGUGUUGGAAGAUGAUUGAUGACAUAGAACAAAUGCAAGGACUCUCAGUACAGGUUCUAGAAAAGAUGGCUGCACUCGCUGUGGAGAUGAGAAAGGUGGCAAAUGAGUUGAAUGCUGUCAUAACCCAGUUCAAGCAAGGCAAAAUCAUAAGGAAAAUGUCUGAUAACAAGCCUAGCCCCACUACUAAAAAGCAAAUCAGCGCCCUAUCGGCGUCUACAGCACCAACGAAAGGGUUUUUAAAGAUAGAAGAGGAUGAAGACAUUGGUACUGGCCUUUCGUCACACGACUACGACAGCGAUUUACUUACAGCUGAUUCCAAACCAAGCAUACAGAUAUUGCACUCUCUACAAGCAACAUCAAAUGUGGAACAAAGAAAAGAUGAUGUCAUCAAACGCAGCUUGAAGAUAUUAGGUAGAAGUAGCACAGAGCUUCUUCCUCCGAAAACAGUCGCCAGUGCGAAGCAACAACCAUCCCCGACCUCUACUGUCGAGCCAGCUGUAAGCUCUGUGACUGGAGAAACCAGCGCCUCAGCAGGGCCUGAUUUGAAAACUGCGAAAGCUCCGGAUGAGUCAUCUGCAAAGUCGGGAAAGCUCCGUAAAAUUCGUAGAGCAGUCCUUCCAUCACCGCAGAAGCCAUCAGAGCGGAUUAGUUUUGCUGCACUCGGAAGAAUGAUCUUGCAACGUAGUGGUGUGCCUCUUUCUCAUUACGAGCCGCUUACAGCUUUACAGCUGCUUUGUGAGGAACUGCGACACUCAAAACUGCUCAGUGAUGCAUGCAGUAAAAAUACCGCUGAAGAGAGAAUGGUUUACGUGGCUGCGUUUGCUUUUUCCACCUACUCCAACACUACGGGUCGAUAUCGAAAGUUUUUCAAUCCUUUACUUGGAGAAACCUACGAAUACGAGCAAGACGAUUUCAAGUAUCAUGCAGAGCAGGUAUCUCAUCAUCCGGCUGUUUCUGCAGGCCACGCUAGUGGGAAUGGUUGGACGUGGUUUCAAACAUUCAGUGCUGAGGUUACUUGGAAUACGUGGGCACAGUCGUGCGAGUUCUGUCCAGAACGACCUGUCCGCCUUCAGCUGGGUGGAGAAGAAUACUCAUGGAAUAAGAUAACCACCCACAUCGAAAAUCUUCUCUGCACACCAGAACAACGUAAACUUUAUCAUGAGGGAACGAUACAUGAGGUCUAUGGUGAUGUGGCAAACGCUGAUGGAGAGAUUUUUUGCAGAUUUAUGGGAAACUGGGACGAAAAGCUUGUCAGGGAAUUGGCCAACGGAGAAAGAGAAGACCUUAUUAUUGUCUCGAAUUGGCCCAUACAUGCUGAAUAUUUUGGUUUUUCCGACUUCACUAUGGGACUCAAUCAACUUGACAAUGAGGACGAGCAGCUGCUACCUCCAACAGAUAGCAGAUUUCGACCUGAUGUUAGACAUCUGGAAGAUGGCGAUUUGGACAAAGCGACUGCAUACAAGAUGGAGUUGGAAAAGGCACAAAGAACCAGAGGCAUAAAUGAGGAAACACACAAGCCGUUGUGGUUUGAGGAAAAAGAAGAUGAAUUUACCAAGACGAAAAUUUUUGUCACUAAUGGGAAGUACUGGGAAGCAAAACAGACUCGAUUUGAGAAGCAAAGGAAGGAAGAUGCGUUCAUACCCAUAUUCAAUGUAACAAUUAUCACAUAAAGUACAUUCACUUAAGUAAGAAGCUUCAUUA